GUCUACAUCUUAGUUCCGGGUAGAGUUUAUUUUGAUGUAACACAUCAGUAAUGGCCGGCCGGGCUGAUGAGUAAAUGUACCUCCUUUGGAUUCAUGAUUAUAUGUUCUUGUUCUCUCAGGCAAUGGUAACCAAAAAUUCACCACCUCGAGAAAUUUGAAUAUCCCCCCCGAUGACCCUAACCUUUCCCUGAACAGGUGUGAUGUCAGAUAAACGCCAGCGUGCUCGGGUGCAGGGUUCCUGGGCUAAACAACUGCCCAAACAACCGAGGCCAGCAGUUCCUCCCAGCCAAAAUGCCACUCCAGCUGUCGCAUCCUGGGGAAUACAUCAGCAGAUAACAUCUGCAAAUUUUGAGUUCCACCAGCCCAUUAAGCCCGUUAGAGAUGUACCACCAGAGAAAGUUAUUGACCAGGCAGGUGAUUACGAAAUCAGCCAUGAACCCUCAGGUGUGUCAAGAUUGCGACUGGUGCCCAGCUUUCUUCCAGCAGACAAAGCCGACUGGAUAUUCAGUAAACUGCUGGCAGAGCUUCCCUGGUCACAAAAGACCAACGUCCGACAAGGUGAGGCCUACGCAGAGCCCAGGCUGACCUGCUGGUUUGGAGAGUUACCCUACACUUACGCUCGUUCCACCAUGGCCGCCAAUACCAAGUGGCACCCGCUGCUGUUGAACCUUCGCCGAGCGGUUUCCGAGGCAAGCGGCGUUGGCGGCGGCGAGCGCUUCAACUCGCUGCUGUGCAACUUGUACCGAGACGGACACGACAGCAUCGGCUGGCACAGCGACGACGAGGCCUCGCUGGGCCCGCAGCCCGUCAUCGCCUCGCUUAGUUUGGGUGACAGCAGGGUGUUCAGCCUACGCAAGAAGCCGCGUCCGGAAGAAAAUGGUGACUACACUUACGCGGAGCGUAUUAAAGUUCCUCUGGGUCACGGCGCUCUGCUUUUGAUGGAAGGAGCCACGCAGGAUGACUGGCAGCACCAGGUGGCGAAGGAAUACCAUGACCGCGGCCCCCGCAUUAACUUGACCUUCAGAAGCAUCUUCCCCGAGCCUCAGGGCCACCGGCCUGGCACCAAGUUGCGCUUUACCGGCCGCCAAGCGGACGUGAAUCUCACAAAUUAGAACCCGGCAACAAAAAGAACUGUACCGGUUGAGAUUUUUCAUUUUUCUGUUUUUCCCAAAGAGCAAACCCGAACCACAACUCAUGUGACCGGGAUGAUACGGUGUGUUUUACACUUGAUCAGAACUGAAUUGUCUUGUUUUACUUAAUGAGUACAAGAAGUGGCACGUACUGACAUUGAGGAAAAAAUGAGUCUAAUCACCCCCACCACCCCCUUGUCGAAGGAGUGCAUGUUUACUUGCAAUAAAAAGAAAUAAAUAAAACGAAUACUUUUAAGACAUUCAAACUGCCAAGUGGUUAUUUGAAAUGGAAUAAAACCCUUAUUGUGAUAUUAUUUUCUGUAAAAUAAGUAAUAAGUAAAAUAAAAUAAGACAAACCACAAGUCAAUAAAAUCCGAUGAAUAAUCAAUCACAUGUAACAGUGAUUUUCGAUGUUGAAAAAGGGAUGUUAAACUAGUUAUACAAUGUCAUCAUAAAUUUAGAUCCUUGUAGCAUGUAAAAAAGGCACCUUUGCUUUGCCCAAACAUGGUACAACCCCGUCACUUUUACUUUGGUUGAAUCCGUUGUUGGUUUACCAGUUGGACGAUGGUCGGGAAGACUGCAUCUCUGGAAUCAAGAAACCUUGCCACCCGGUAAUUAAUCCAUUUGCUUCAACUACUUGGUGACAUUGCAAAUAGUCUUUUGCGCCGCUUGAACUGAUCACGUGUUUUAGCUUAGCUCGUGCUUUCGCUCAGAGAGCUGACACUCGGAAGGAAAAAAAAAAAGACUCAUUAGUCACUGUCAAGAUUCAAUCCAGUUUGAAAAUCACCCCCAAAAUUGUCAUUUGUCUAUGUUUGAUGCUAAUCUGUUACAAUGUAGUCAAAACUCCCUGAAGUCUUACAAUGUCCAAAAAAGGUGUACAUUUCAGAAUUUGCAUUUAACAGAAGAGGUUGAAGGCACCCUUGGGUGAUCAUUUCACACAUAAUGUCCACAUUGGAUCAAGUUACAACCUAAAAUGCAGAAACACAUCCAUUAUUGCACUACCUUGUUCUUUUGGAAACACAGUUCACACGUUUGGCACACCAUUCGGGUCCACUCGGCACGAGCAACAAGGCUGGAUUUAAACUGUGUGUGUCAAGUGACUCGUUUGGGAUAGGAACCACGCCAAUGUCGAUAAAAACACUUUUGCACGGAAUAAGGCCUCUUCCAAUUGUGUUUCAUU